AUGGCAUUUCCCCGGAUCAGCUUCCGAAUUCCCGGACGCCCUGCUAAACGCGCGAAACUCGUUAUUAUAGGAGAUGGCGCUUGCGGCAAAACAUCUCUCUUAUCCGUGUUCACUCUCGGCUACUUUCCUACUCAUUACGUGCCGACAGUGUUUGAGAACUACGUUACCGAUUGUCGCGUCGAUGGCAGAUCAGUCCAACUAGCGCUAUGGGAUACGGCAGGCCAGGAAGACUAUGAAAGACUAAGACCACUGGCAUAUGCUAAAUCGCAUGUCAUCCUGAUAGGUUUCAGCGUCGACAGUCCCGACAGUCUGGAGAACGUACGGCAUAAAUGGAUCGAAGAGGCCAGAGAACGGUGCCCCGACGUACCAAUCAUCCUCGUCGGGUUGAAGAAAGACCUAAGAGAAGACCCAAUGGCAAUCGAAGAGAUGCGCAAGAAGAGCCUUAAAUUCGUGACUCCGCGUGAAGGCGCUGAAAUGGCGCAGUUAUGUGGAGCGCGCAAAUAUCUCGAAUGCUCCAGUCUGACUGGAGAAGGGGUGGACGACGUCUUCGAAGCUGCCACGAGAGCAGCCCUUCUCACGUUUAACGGCAAGCAAGGUGGAGGUGGCUGCUGCGUGAUCCUGUGA